CGAUCACUAUUUAUUAGCAACGAGUUUGUCGCUAUAAACACAAAUAAGGUUGAAUACACGGUACAAAGGGAUGAUAGGCCGGAUGAUAUCUUAUUCUAUGAUGUGUAUUGUUAUAGGAAAUCAUUGAAGGUGUUAUCCGGAACUCCACAACUUUGGAAAACCAGAUCUUAUAUGUAGCUAAAAUAAACGCUGACCCCUGGCGUGCUCAACUGAUUGUUGAAUUCAAAUAAUAAUAAGUGAUACGAUGGCGGAAGGUUUCUACUGGCGUCAUGAAUCAGACCAUGAAUGUGUUCCCAAUCAGAGCGGACUUUACUGUCGCCACUCUCAGGUUCAGUGUGAGCAGGCCUCCGUAGAGAUCUGUAUUGUGAUGAACUGCCUUGGAUAUGGACCGGAGAUCAGACAGGCGAGGAGAGACGCCCAAAAGGAGUGUGAUAGACUGAUGACAGCAGAGUGGCAAGGUAACAUGGCGGUUAUCACAACGGGUAGCAAGGCUGAGGGUCUGACCCGCGUCCUAGAGAGUGACACGGACAAAAUGUGCGUUUUACCUGAUAUUAUGUGCAUAGAAGAUUGUGUUAAUUCUGAUACACUCUCAAGGGAGACUACUGUAUUUACAUUAAGUACUAAAGUUUGUUACCAUGGACACUGUAGAUUGAUACUAAAGCGACUUGGAAAAAUCAUUCCCGCGUACAUUUACAACGCACUUUGUGAUGAUGGAAAUGGGCUUCCACUCCUGUGCACUGACUUAUUUGUUACUUUAGGACCGACUCAUAAUCAUAUGCCACACGUGGUACGUCAUGAACGCGCAGGACCUUCACUACCGAGUUCAAUUGAUGAUUGCCUUCAUAUAGACCUGGUAAAUUGUCUUCCUUGUCACUGUCCCAGUAUACUAAAAAGGUGGGCUGAACGAAGUCGCCAUUGGCCCCCACCCGCCACCGUUCAAAAAGUUGUAUCAUUGGGAGCAUAUGUUACACCCGUCGGAUUUAAAGGGAGUGAAUAUAUACAUGUGGAGUGGAGGAUUUGUUUUAAUACAGGGGAGAAUGAACUUGUGAGCAGUCUUAAUAACAUACUGGUUUACAUAUAUGUUUUACUAAAGAUGGUGGUUAAAGAUAUACUAAAGCCAGUUAAGAAAGAAAUAACAUCUUACACCGUGAAAAAUAUUGUUAUGUGGAUUGCAGAGAACAAUCCACAACAUGUAUUCCUUGAAAAGAGUCUAUUUUACUGGCUUAAUGAAGGACUUCAAGAACUAAGAACCGCUAUUAUAACGAAACAUCUGCCAUACUACAUGAUACCGGAAAGAAAUCUGAUGGCAGCAUGUGUAUUCAAUUACGAGCAGAAGCGGACUUGGGUAGCAACCAUCACUGAGAUGAUGAACGAAGGGCCAAAGUUAAUUCUCCGAUUGCCCAAGAUACGGCAAGCAGUAAUCUUAUACCCAGAGCCCAUGAUGGGGUACAGCAAGAUGAGUGUUGAGCUUGAACUUCUGAUGCUUAAGCUCAUGCACAGAUACGCAUAUUGCACAGAUGAGAAUGGUGUGAUAAAUGAGUUGGAUCCAAUUAUACAGGCGAUACAAACACGCGUCGCAGAGAUAGCUGACGAUGCUCGUGUAUAUUUGUUUUAAAUGACAGUAAUUUCAUGAAUUGCAUAUGUGUUUUAAUUUUAGCCGAUCAAGGAUGUAUAAAAAUAAAGUAGUUAUUUGUGUACACGGGUGUAGUUUGAUAUCAGGCAAAAGAAUGGUGUUAAACAUAGGUACUGCAUUAUUUGCAUUAUUAUUGAAUGCUAUUUCACUUAAUGAAGUCGACAUUGACAGGUACAUUAUCGCAUUGUUUACUUGAUGCAUAUUUUCCUUUCAGGAAACAGUAAUAUUCAACAGCGCAUACAUUCUGAAUUAUUGCACUAAAUUGCUGCAUGAUUCCAUAUUUCAGAGAAGGUUCUCAAUAUGAUGGGAGAAAGAGUCAGAGAAUACGAGUAAUAAAAGCAUUAGUACUAGAAAAACACAGCGCCGGUCUAAAUUGGAAUUGGUGUAGACUUGCGCCUCGGCCUUCGUCUUUAAUAAUUGAGUGAUCAUACAUUUUAAAUCACAUUUAUUUCAUUUUUGUUGUUUCAAUGUCUACAACUACACAUUUGUCAUCAUGUGUUAUAUUUGUUUAUGAAAUUUCUUUCCUAAUGAGUACAAUAGUAUAUAUACCAUGCAGCAUUGUCGAAUAUAUUUUCAUAUGUUGGUCAUUACACACGAUAUCUUUUCUCAUAACGAUUGUUUUUUUUUGGGAUACUUACUUAUGAAAAACAUACAUUUGAUUGCUAAUUGGCUCGUAGCUGUAAUGAGAUCAUGCCAUUGUGUUAUUCAUGGCAUUGUGCUGAUGUAUAUUGUUGUUCUGUUUGGUGUCCAGUGUCAUUGAAUACCGAUUAAUUUAUUAAUCGUUAAAUUGAUAAAUUAAUGCUUAAUUUCAGAAAAACAUUGCAAGUAACAAUGAUUACUUAAUUUUAUUCGGAAUGCACUGUUUUUUAUGUCAAAUGUGUGUGAACAUUAUAUAAGGCAUGUUUUUUUUUAUUUCAUGCGUUUUCAUUGAUAUUCGCCAAAUAUGUUUAACCUAUGUUUUUAUUUUAAUAACUACGUUUGCUGUUCGCCAUGCUCCAUGCUUGGUGUAAUGGGGAAAUUCGUUUAGAAACACCGUAAAAUCAUUAACAUAUACAUGUUAAUAAGUAGAUAUGUAGGCGCCAUGUAAGCGCUUUCAAGAAAAUCGUACAAUUCAGAUUGAGUAUCGAACAUGUAUACUAAUUAAUGCUGGUUAUAUCUUUGUAAAUUAUAAAAGACAGACAAAGCAUAUUGAUCUAUCUCUUUGUUUAUCUAACCUAAAGGCACGAUGUGCUUUAAGUUUGAUUGGUAAAAUAUCUCUUUUGCAUUACCCUGCAUUAUGAAACUGCUUCUACGGUCCGUUCAAAAGGCAAACGUCUCCAAGAACUUAGAUAUGUGUAUAAACAUUGAGUGACUGACACAUUGUAUAACAUUCAUGAUGACUUUCUGCCACCAAUACACAUUGCAUUAUACUACAAAAAUAGGAAAGAAAAACGUAUCCAAAAAUAGCAUUUUCUG